AUGGGCUUCGAGACAGUCUGGUACGCCCGCAAGGGGCCAAGGACGGACGGCAAGGUCGCCGAUGGCAAGGGGAAGGUGAUCAGCGGCAAGGGAACCAGAGCAUGCAGAUGCUCCGGCAACCAGCACGGUAUCAUCAGAAAGUACGACAUUAACAUGACCCGCCGUGACUUCCGCGAGAAGGCUGAGACCAUGGGAUGGAGAAAGUACCGGUAA